UGGUGUUUGGGUUGGGUUAAACUGGUUAAACUCGUCAAAAUUCCUUGUCAACAGCUUGUCAAAAGAGAAAAAUAUAGGAAAGGCUUUGUCCGCGUAAGGCAGCGUGUGCAAAGCCCUUGCUUGUCGCGGAGGAGACAAGUUCUGCACCGAACGGUCGCUUAUUACAUUUCCUUGCCAACUGAUACUUGUGCAGCAAAAUGCAGAUAUUCGACCACAGUUUCCGACCGCAUCUAGACUUUCUGCUGAAUUGUAACUUUACGGGAACCUGUUUUCAGAAACUUUCUCUCAAAGACCAACAAUCCAGUACUCCGUCAGUAUUCUGCAAAGACCCUAUUUACGACCACUUUAAGGUCACUAUACCUUAUGCUGGCUUUAUACUGGUGUGGGAAGUUUUAUUUGACUCUACGUGUCCUGAGCAAGCUCCUGAUUUCUUGUUUGACGAUGAUUCUUUCACGUCUUUUUUAACUGUUGACAUUCUCUCUCAACGAGUUCCAAGUCUCAGCAAUUGGAAUGUAAGCAACCCAGAAUGCCUCAGCAAGGUUCUUCAAGAACUGCUCAACCUGUAUACUGUGCACCAACUGCAACGCUUGGAGAAAGAUGGUUCUUCCCUUGGAGUGGAAUGCUCAAAGUUAAUGCAAGAGUUUGAAUUGGAUGAAAGACAGCUUCAAGUUUUGUCUGGAGAUUCUCCUAUAUUAAAUCACAAUUACUAUGGAGGAUCAACCAGACCACCUCAUGGCACAGUUAGCAUGAUGUUCCUUAAUUUAGAAGAACAAUUGGCUAUUGAAAAUAUUCCCAAACGCUUUCGUCAAAUUGCAUUGCAGUUUGGUAUUAGAGAAUAUAAUCCCAGCACUGUGGUCUUACACUUAAAUCCUGGUCUUCGCUAUUUGCUUGGUCAGCAAUCAGACCUAGAAAUACCAAAUUAUUCAAAAAGUGAUGGUCUGCCUUCAUAUUUUCGCCACUUCUUCAAGAUAGUUCAUGAGACUUUAAGUCAGGUAACUCAAAACUAUGAUAGGCGUGAGGAGUUUCAUUUGAACAUGCUCCAAAAUCUAACCACUUUAAAUGAUGUGUCUGUGAAACCACUUGAAUGUGAUAUGCCACAUUUCACAUCAAGUACAUAUAUGAUUGAAAUCAAUGACUACCCCAUUAUAGUUAUUAUUCGCACCCCAAGUUACAGCCUUGGAGACCCUAAAGUCUUCCUGAAAACUCUCACCGGCCAAACUAAAGAAGUCAGUGUGAGUUCAUCAUGGGACGUCCAGAAGGUUACACAAGCAAUAUUGGACUCUGUGAUGACCCUUUUCGAAGAAGAUUCUGACUCCUCAUCCUGAACAGCAUAUUUCUCACUGAUUUCUGCACCUUAAUGCCAUACAAACAUCAAAAGGUUAUAAAGUAUUGAAAAAAACUUUUCUUU